UUUUAUUUUUUUCCCAACGCCGUUCUCCACGCCUCUCCUGCCGGUCGCACUCUCACUCUCGCGUCGCUGUGCUGGACAGUGCUGCCGGCCACCCUAUUGCCUCACUGCCGGUUGUCCUUUUGUGCAGGUCAUUCCUGCAGGUACCCAACCUGCCCUCCAGCAGCGCUUUCCAACCCUAGUAUUGCAGGUCGUCCUCUCGCCGUCCAGUUCUUCCAUCCUCACAAGCCACACUGCACCCGCCAGCUUGUAGGGCUUUUCAGGAUCGUAGAAAAUUUGGAGACUCAGAUUGAUACUUAUCAGACGAACAGAUGUAAGAAGGAUGACAUGGGCAAUACUCUACGGUUUCUCAUUGCAACUGACUGUCACCUUGGUUAUAUGGAGAAAGAUGAAAUACGAAGGUUUGAUUCAUUUCAGGCUUUUGAGGAGAUCUGCUCAAUAGCUGAACAAAAACAGGUGGAUUUCUUACUUCUUGGCGGUGAUCUGUUUCAUGAAAAUAAGCCUUCAAGGUCAACAAUGGUGAAAGCCAUAGAGAUACUUAGACGAUAUUGCCUAAAUGAUCGACCCGUGCAAUUUCAAGUUGUCAGUGAUCAAACUGUUAAUUUCCAAAACAUUUUUGGUCAUGUAAACUAUGAAGACCCUCACUUCAAUGUGGGCUUACCUGUAUUUACCAUUCAUGGAAAUCAUGAUGAUCCUGCUGGAGUGGAUAACCUUUCUGCCAUUGAUAUUCUUUCUGCAACUAAUCUUGUAAACUAUUUUGGUAAAAUGGUUCUUGGUGGUUCUGGAGUUGGUCAGAUAACACUCUAUCCUAUACUUAUAAGGAAGGGUACAACAUCUGUAGCUUUGUAUGGUCUUGGGAAUAUUAGAGAUGAGAGACUUAACAGGAUGUUUCAGACACCACAUGAAGUUCAGUGGAUGCGGCCAGAACCUCAAGAAGGAUGUCCAGUGUUUGAUUGGUUCAACAUUCUCGUUCUUCACCAAAACAGAGUCAAAUCAAAUCCAAAAAAUGCCGUUAAUGAACAUUUCUUGCCCCGAUUUCUAGAUUUUAUCGUGUGGGGACAUGAACAUGAAUGUCUUGUUGAUCCACAGGAAGUUCCAGGAAUGGGCUUUCAUAUCAGUCAGCCCGGCUCUUCUGUUGCAACAUCUCUAAUUGAAGGCGAAGCAAAGCCCAAGCAUGUACUUCUAAUGGAAGUCAAGGGAAGUCAGUACAGACCAACAAAAAUACCUUUGAAGUCUGUUAGACCUUUUGAAUAUGCUGAGGUUGUUUUAAAAGAUGAAGCUGAUGUUGAUCCUAAUGAUCAAGCAUCCGUUCUUGAACAUUUAGAUAAAGUUGUGAAAAAUCUGAUUGAAAAAAAUAGCACAAACACUGUUAGAAGGUCAGAGCUUAAGCUUCCUUUGAUUCGGAUAAAGGUGGACUACUCUGGAUUUAUGACUAUAAAUCCACAAAGAUUUGGCCAAAAGUAUGUGGGAAAGGUAGCUAAUCCGCAGGAUAUUCUCAUUUUCUCAAAGGCUGCAAAGAAGCGUCAAUCUCUUGAAGAUAAGAUUGAUGAUUCUGAAAGGCUUCGCCCGGAGGAACUAAAUCAACAAAACAUUGAGGCGCUUGUCGCUGAAAGUAAUCUGAAAAUGGAGAUCCUUCCAGUUAAUGAUUUGGAUAUUGCAUUACAUGACUUCGUUAACAAGGAUGACAAGAUGGCAUUUUAUUCUUGCUUGCAGAACAAUCUUCAGGAAACAAGGAGUAAAUUAAACUCUGAAGCAGAUGGUCUGAAGUUUGAAGAGGGAGAACUUAUACUUAAAGUCACUGAAUCCAUGCAGGAACGUGUAAAGCAAAGGUCAUCAAUGUCGAAGGAAGAAAUGAGAAUCACAUCAAAGUCACAGAACCAAUUGGGAGGUAGUUCUAAGAGUAUGACUGCUCCUAGUAGUACCAAUGCCUUCAGUGAUGACGAAGCCACUGGACAAAUGCUCUCUAGCUCAAAGACUGUUGGUCGUGGAAGAAAAGGAGCUUCUGAUGCACCUAAACCCACUCGAGCUGAAGCUUCAAAGGGCGGCAGGGGAAGGGGUAAAAGCAGUUUGAAGCAGAUGACUCUGCAGGCAACAUUGAGAACUCGAAAUUCUGAGAGAUCAGCUUUGGGUUCCGCAUCAGGCAUGGUUGAUGAAGAUGUUGAUUCCCCUUCAAGUGAAGAAACAGAAAAAUAUGAAGUGAACGAAGUGGUUGAAAGUAGUGAACCUGAAGAGAGUAUUCAAGGGAGGACUCGCAAAAGAGCAGCUCCCAGGGGAAGAGCAAGAGGUGCUUCAUCAACUUCAAAGAGAGGAAGAAAGUUAGACAAGUCUUCCAUCCAUAGCUUGUUUUUGAAUAAAGACAAUGUUGAUGAUGAUGACGAUAUGCCAAAUAAACCAAAAAAAGUUCAAGCUCAGGUAUCUGGUAAUUAUGGUGCAAUCAGGAAGAGAUGAUUUCUAUCAAAAGCAAAAGACCAAAUUUCCUUUCUUUUACUAACUUAUACAGAAAGGUUGGCAUGUUAUGUUCAAAAGUUCAUAUACUCGUCGAGCCAUUUAUUUUUUUGGCCCCCAAUUAAUAUUUUCCUUGUUACGAGGUGAGUCUUUUUAGCUU